AUGUUAGAGGAUAAUAUACCCUCUGUGUAUGAUGAUGAAUUUUCUGGUUUCGAGGAGCCACCUAUAUCUGAAGAAUCACCAGCAUGUCAAACAAAGAAACGAAAAAAACGCGAUAAUUCUAGUAUUGUAUGGGAUUAUUUCAAUAUUGAGACAACAGAAAAAGGCGAUUUUACUGUUUGCCGAAUUUGUAAAGAAAAAAACAUUACUGUCAAGUAUGCACAUGACUCUUUAACUGGAAAUAUGCUGGGCCAUCUUUGGUCAAAGCAUCGAAUUGAUAAAGACCAUCCUGAGGAAACCAACACUAAUGGCUCAAUUAUAAAAGCUAUGCAUGUCAUUACAAAACGGAGGCAGGAAAAAAUAACGCAAUUAUUGGAUUCAUCAAGCAAUCAACGAUGUGUCAACAAGAUGGAACUCCUCAUACCUGGCUUGGGUUGGCUUAAAGAGUUACGAAAAGCGAUUGAGUAUCUUGUUUUAAUGUUGCCUUCAGAAUCAGAAUGCUGUGACAGACUUGAUGGCGAAUAUUUGAAAUUAAUAAAUUUAACUGAAAAUGAAUGGCGAUUGUUAGAUAAUCUUAUUCUAUUGUUGAAGCCAUUUUAUGAGGCCACUACCAUAUUUUCAGGUUCAAGCUAUCCUACUCAUAACCUUAUUUAUCCGACAAUGAGAUUGCUCAUUAAGAAGUUUGCACCUUCUUAUGAGCAAACUGAGGAUGACUAUACCGAUUUAUUAUUUGAACCUAGUAGUAGGCAUGUUAAAAAAAUUUUUAUUAAAAAUAAAAAUAUUUGCCAAAGCCAGUUAAUCGAGGAAAAUGAUCCUGAAUCUGAUAUAGAAAAUGAAUUUGAUGCAUCAAUGAUCUCAGAGCAACUUCGACAACCAUUACAAGCAGCACGAGGACGAAAAAAAAAACAAGUUCAUAGCAAAGCCAAAAAAAUUAUAUAUGAUUUACGAUUUAAAGGUCGUCAGUCAAUUGAGCCACCUGUUAAUAACGAAAGACUAUGUGAUCUUGUUAAGGCCACGAGUUACUUUUCUCUUAAAGAAUAUUGGGAGGUUCCUGAAAGAAUUGGGCUUGUAGCAUCAUUUUUAGAUCCGCGAAUUAAAAAUUUAAAAUUUCUUGAUAAUGAAGCAAUAAAGGCGACAAUAUUUGAUACAGUGCGAGCACUUUGUGUUGAGGAAAAAAACCACCAACCUAUAAUUAGGCCUGAUGAGUCAGUUAACACGCCAGUUCGUGAACCUGUAACAACCAAUGGCUUAAUUGCAGAUUUAUAUAGUAGUGAGGAAUUGGAUGGUGAAGCUUAUGAUGAAACCGAAGUUGAUCGUUAUCUUCGUGAACCGAUUGAGAAAAAAGGCUGUAAUCCAUUAACUUGGUGGAAGGAUAGAUCUGAAAAAUAUCCUGUGUUAUCGCGUCUGGUUCGGAAAUAUCUGUCAGUACCUGCAACCUCGGUUCCUUCAGAGCGAUUAUUCUCUGAUGCCGGAUUACACAUUACCACACUGCGUAACAGGCUUCAUCCUGAUAUGGUCGAGCAAAUGCUUUUUCUCAAACGCAACAUGCAGCAUUUUCCUAUUUUCAAACCGGAUGAAUUAAAUAAAUCAAAUGAUGCAUAA